UUCUUUCUUCCUGGACAACUUCACCGCAUACUUUGCUUUCAAACCCAGCUGAAAGUACUUCUCAAAUGCUAGUUAUCUUAUUUCUUAGGUUGUCAAUUUGAUAGCUUGACGACCCAGAAAGUAGUUUUUUAGCAUUGGAAACGUAUUCGUGACCUCCAAUAUUUGUUAUUUAGUGUGGAAAACGUAUUCAUUUUGAUCAUUUUUGUGAUUGAUGUAUCUCUAUAAAUCUUCUCAGUAACGUGGUGGUGUAGCACUGUAGCUUUUUUCUAUGAAAUUGGCACGAUAAUGUCGUUGAGGGACACUCUUUACUUAGUGUUUGAGGCUGCCGCUGAGACAUCUUAAACACUGUUGAUAAAAACAUUCUGGAUAAUCUGUGGGAAUUAGGGAAGACCCUUCAAAUCUUUUGCGCUGCUUAAGGAAAUUCAAAACUUUAUGUGCAGCCGUGCAGUGCAGGAUGUCUAUAAGGAAUUUAAAUGUGUAUGCUAUGCUUCUUUGUUUGCUCUGGGUUUCAUCUUUUGUUCUUUUAAUAUGAUUCUAUUAAUAAUUCAAAGAAACUUGUGCUAUUAAACGUUGCUUGCUUCUACACUUGCUUGUUGCACAAUUUGAGAGUUGAUAACUCAAGUUAUCUGCAGUUACUGAGCAACAAAUAGCCGUAAUGGUUUUUACUGCACCUCUCAAGCCUCUCCAGUCUCAAAUGUCCAACUCACUAUUAAUCGCUUAUUGUUUACUUCACAAACUUGUAUGUUCAGGGUUGUGCGUUGUUCCACAGGUACUGGCUUUAAGAAGACCCUUCCUCCACAGGGUGUUAGACUAUGAAGAUGAAUUCUUUGCUUUGCUGAUGCUGGUUCUUGAAACUCAUAGUUUACGAACAACAGAUGCAUCUUUUUCUGAAUCUCUAUAUGGCUUACGAAGGAGAGCUGUGAAUAUAAAAGUAAAGAAAGAUGAUGCUCAAUUGAACUCUGCUGAUGAGAUUCAUCACUCUGGGCUAAGAAAGCGCCAAAAAGUUCUUUCAGUUGUAUUUCUGGUGGUAUUGCCAUAUUUAAAGUCGAAGUUGUAUUCAAUCUAUAAUAAAGAAAGGGAAGCCAGGCUUCAAGCAAGUUUAUGGGGACAUGAUGAUGAAAGAUUUGAUGAUACUGACUAUAUUGAUGGAAGGGAGGAUUCUCUUGUUUCAAGAGGAAACUUGGAUACAGAAGCAUCACUUAGGACACGUUUGACAAAGAGGAUUCACAAAAUUAUUGGUGCUUGCUAUCCAUGGUUACAUGCUAGUAGUGAAGGAGCAUCAUUUUCUUAUCAGCUGUUAUAUCUGUUGGAUGCUACUGGAUUCUAUUCUGUAGGACUACAUGCACUUGGGAUUCAUGUUUGUAGAGCUACAGGGCAAGAACUGAUGGAUACUUCUUCUAGAAUUUCAAAGAUAAGAAGCCGUGAACGUGAGAGACUCCGUGGUCCACCAUGGCUGAAGGCAUUGCAAGGAGCACUUCUCAGCUGUGUGUAUACAUCACUUGAUUAUGCACAAACGGGGUUAAUUGCUGCAGUGUUCUUUUUUAAAAUGAUGGAAUGGUGGUACCAAUCUGCAGAGGAGAGAAUGUCAGCCCCAACUGUGUAUCCCCCACCACCUCCUCCUCCUCCACCAAAGGCUGCUGAAGAGGGUCUUCCACUGCCACCCAACAGAACAAUUUGUCCUUUGUGUUCACAGAAGCGAGCAAAUCCAUCCGUAGUUACAGUUUCAGGGUUUGUCUUCUGCUACGCGUGCAUAUUUAAGUAUGUUUCUCAGUAUAAACGUUGCCCGAUCACAUUAAUGCCUGCAACUGUUGAUCAUAUAAGAAGGCUCUUUCAUGAUGUAUAGAAAAACCUGAUGGGCAUCACGAGGAAAAGCAUCACAUUCUUAUGGUAGAAGGAUUAAAUAAUCAGGUGAAAUAAGAAGCAAAGAUGCUGAGGCGCAAGUGGAGCCGUGACAAGCAAAAGCAAAAUACCAUAUUUCUCACUCUGCAGAUUUUUCCUUCAAGGGUUUUAUCUGUCUUUUCAUACAUAUUUCUUGUAUUUUAUCUCUUGGGGCAGUAUUAGAUUAAUGAUUAUGAACAGUUAUGGCAUCAUGUAGACACUUUUCAAGUUUGCAGGCUUGCAGCCAUUGUGCACAUUUUUAGAAUUAAAGUAAAUAAAAGGAUCCUUUGAAUUA